AUGAAUCUACAGUAGAAUCUUUAGCUGAUUAGUGAUUAUUCGCAAAAUAAAGAAGAUGUCAUUCAAUAUAUGAAGAAACUAGGAAUUGAUUAGUAGCUUGGUGAUUUAGAAAGCGAGAGAUUCGAAAAUAUUAUAUAGGAUUUCAUCGCUUCACAGAGAUCAUCUAGAAAGAGGGCUGAUGUAUCAAUAACUAGCAAACGCUCAAGCACAGCCUCUAAAUUAGACAUUACAAGUAAUGCAGAUUAAAUUGAUGUUACAUUAGAUAAUGAUUAAACAGUGCUUGUGAAUGACAGAAACAGCAGAGAUAGUAACUCGUUUGAGUAUAGAGGAACUGUUAAGGUUUACUCUGAUAAUAAUAUACCAAGGACUCAGACAGAAAAUGAUCAAAGCUAAUCGUAUUAAAAAUUUUAUGAAGACUUUUAUGCACCAAAUAAAAUAGAUGCAAAUUUUUCUUAUUAAAGAUCUAGCACUAAUUUUUAUGGCUAAAGUGAUGAAUUAUAGUUAAAUGAUAGCGAGUAAAUAAAUUAGUAGGUCUAAUUAUUAUAACAACAGUAAAAAGUUAACUAGAAUGUAGGUUAAAGACAGUAGCUCUAAGAAAAUAAAUUAAAUACAAUCAUUGAAAGGGAAGAUGAAGAAGGGAAAAACUUUGAUAGUAAGAAGACAUUUAUGAUCAGUUAGGAUUCAACCAGUCUUUUUAGAGAUGGUAGUGUUAAUUUAAAUGAAAUUUCUUACAUUUAAAGCAUGGAUGGGUCUGAUAACUUAAUGAGAGCAACAAAGUCUGACUUUGGGAAUGAUUGCUUAGAAAAUAUUUUCAAGUAUCUCGAUUAGUAAACAAAUGCGCUUAACACGUUCAACUGGGAAGAUCUAACUUCUGAAUUUAUUUCUGAAUUAAGAAAGAGUGAAAAUAUCUCUCAAGUUAAUUAGCAAGCUUAAAACACUCUUAUCAGCAAACAAAACCAACAGAUUUUUUAGUAGCAAAAUCCUAAUAACUAAAAUAUAUAAGGUCUUAAAUCAAAUGAUCCUGAUUUAAAAUAAAACACUGAUCAAACUUAUAGUGAAAGAAUUAAAAGAGAUCAGCAUUUAAUUUAAAUGAAGUGCAAACCUUUUGAGCUUAGCAGUGUGGGCAAAUAUAUUGAUGAAAAUAAUGGAAAAAGACCUUAUAUCAAAAUAUCAAAAUAUUAGGUUGUUGAUAAAAGAAUUUUAUAUACAAUAGAGACAAAUUUAUUUAACUCUGAUAACCCUUAAUUUAAUAAUUUGAACAAGACAAUAAAUGGAAUAAGUGCACCAGUUGAUAAUAAAUCAAAUAUUUAAAACUUAAACAAAUCCACGUUUACUAAUGAUAAUUCAUAAUCAAUUAUUUUUUAGAAUUUCGAAACAACAUCUGUGGUUAGAUCGCACCAUGAUUUUGUAAGACUGCAUAGAAAUUUUACAGCUCAUUACUUUGGCUAUUUCAUUCCACCUCUUCCAGACAAGUUCCCAAAUAUGCAAUAGGAGUCUCUUUUGAGCUCUUUCAGUAUCAUGAAAGGAAAGAAAGUAGAUGUCUCUUAAAUUUCAAAAUCUAGACAUGAAAAAAUAAAGAUUUAAUUGUAAUAAUUUUUAGAUUCUUUGAUGAACAGUUAAGUUCUUAGAAACAGUAAAAUGCUAGACGAUUUUCUAACUAUUCAAGAACCAACUUACUAUGAAAGCGUUUGCUAGAAAUAUAUUCCUCCUCCUGAUUUUUCAAAGCUCAAAAACGUAAAAUCAGAAAGUCUCUACAGCAAAGAUGGAGUGUUUAAUGUUGAGGCAGCCAAAUCUACUUCGCUCAAAGAAUAUUCCGUAAUUUUUAAGGAGUAUAACUAAUAGGCUAUUCUAAAGUACAACUAGGUUAAAGAAAAGUCGCGAUAAGUGAUAGGUCAUUUGAAAAAUGCUUCUUCUUCAUUAGCAGAGCUUGGAGAAAUCUUUUUAGAUCUUCACAGGAUUACUUCAGAAUUUAAUGAAAAAAAUAAAAUUGGUGCAAACUCAUUUCUUGCAGAGUAAUACAAAGAAUGCGGAUAUUUUAUGAAUAAUUUCUCAUAAGCCAUAAAGGUUUAGCACUCUUUCAUAUCAGAAAAAAUAGACAUUCCUUUGAGAUAUGAGUACAUGAUUACAAAAUAAUUUGAAAAUUUAACGACUAAGCUUAAUGAGCAUAUGGGGAUUUAUCAAACGAAAUUAGAAAAUUUAAUAAAAAAUAAAUAAAAACUAUUUGAUUCUCAAAACAUAUACAAUUGGUAAAUAGAUCCAAAAGUAACUUUACCCCCUGAAGCAAAGACUAAUAAAAGCGUAGCAUUUAAUUAUAUCCUUCCUGAAUACUCUGAGAAAUUAAAAUAAUUUGAAAAUAAAUUAUCUUUUCUCCUCUCAAUUCUUUAUCAAGAAAGCUUCAUUUAUAUGAAAUCAAGAGAAUUCAACAAUACGAAAAACUUUACAUCAUUUUUAAACUAAAAUCAAAAGGUAUUAAAAAAUUUAAUCACUCAACAUGCAAAUUGUCUAAAAAAAAUGGAUGAAAACUAGUAAAAGAGCUACAAUUCAAUUAUGUUGCAAAUAAAAAAAGAUACGACUUGCCUAUUACAAGACAGGACAAGAACGAUUUUACAACACAAUGCUUUUAUUAUUUGA